UUAUCGGACCUAUGCUCCCUGAAAAGAUUAAAUAGAGUGAAUUAAUUAGGUUCAUAGGCUACGUGAUUGCGUUAUCUCGGAUAGCCAGUCACAACAAAUUCUUCCAAAACAAGUGCCCACAAGGCUGUCAAAAUGAAGGAUCGAUUGGAACAGUUAAAAGCGAAAUCUGAAGUGACAGAGGAUGUGGAGGUUCCUGUUGAGAAAGAGUCGUUUAUGGAUGAGUUUUUUGCCCAGGCUGAGGAUAUCCGCACCAGUAUUGAUAAGAUAGAUGAGAAUGUGACAGAAAUAAAGAAGCUGAACUCAAUCAUCCUCUCCGCUCCCACAUCUGACCAGAAGACACAAGAUGACAUCGAAGCUCGUACCAAUGAGAUCAAGAAGCUGGCCAACAAUGCUCGCAACAAGCUGAAGAGUAUUGAGAAGAGUCUGGACACUAACGCAGAGGACAGAGUCUCAGCUGAUAUGAGGAUCAAAAAGUCUCAGCAUGCCAUACUGGCCAAAAAAUUUGUCGAAGUGAUGACGAGGUAUAAUGAGACACAGAUGGACUUCAGAGAUAAGAGCAAAGGACGUAUUGCCAGGCAGCUUGAAAUCACGGGCAAAACGACCACAGAUGAGGAGUUAGAAGAGAUGCUGGAGGGAGGGAAUGCGGCUGUGUUCACAGCUGGGAUCAUGGCUUCAAACAUCUCAAAGGAACAGCUGGGUGAGAUUGAAGCGCGACAUAAAGACAUCAUGCGUCUGGAGAGCAGUAUCAAGGAGCUACAUGACAUGUUUGUGGACAUUGCCAUGCUUGUGGAGAACCAGGGUACCAUGAUUGAUAGAAUUGAAAGCAACGUGGACCAGUCCGCAGGCUUUGUAGAAAGGGCAGUGGCAGAUACCAAGAAAGCAGCAGCGUUUCGGCAGGCAGCCCGCAGGAAGCAGAUGAUGAUCAUGAUGUGCUGCACAGUUCUUGCCCUCAUCGUUGGCUCUUAUUUGUACAGCUUGUUGACAUAGGAUCACAUCUAGGUGAAGAGAAGUUGCCCCAAUAAACAAGUAACGUCUAGAGGACCCAUACUUCUCCCAACCUCUAUGCAUUUAUCUUUAUUGCAAUGCCUCUCCAUCUCCCCCCCCUCUCUCUCUCUCUCACUCUUAUCUGAGUCCUUUAUUUAGCCACUGCAAAAAUGCAAAAUACAACAAAGCAUGGUAGGCUAAUAAUGCCAACUGUGUCCUAUCACACUUUUUCAGAAUGUAUGGCUGAAGUGUCAUGAAAAUUCAUUGUAUUCCUUGUAGAGUUGUUGCUUUAAUCACUCAAAUAAGAACAGGAAAACUGAAAUACAACUCUGGAAAAAAUUAAGAGACCACUGCACUGCACUAGCUCAUUCCCUCCCUCACUCUCCACCUC